AUGCAUAACUAUAAUCUAAGAAACUCCUCUCAGAAAUAAUUGAAGACACUGUCAAACUAAUUUUAAUCUGCCCCUGUUUUAAAAUCUAUUGAAUAACUGAAAACAGAAGGAAUCUAAUAUUAUUAUCAUUAAGGAUAUGAAAGGAAGGCUCUGCAUUAAAUGUUUAAUCUUAAUACAAAAAAAAGACAUAUCUAAAGAUAUAUCAAUCAAUAGCUUACUAAUGCAGAUUUAAAUGGAAUUUCUCUUAAAACAAGUCAAAUUGAUAGAUUUAAUUUGUAUUAAAAAGGCUUAACGGAUGAAUUACAGGCAAAUUCUAAAAGCUAUAGUAAUUUGAAUCGCUUGAAAAAAACAGAAUUUUAGGCUAACUCUACAGAAUAACUCUUUGAAUACAAAAAUUCACAAUACAGAGAUCUACGAAUUACUAUAGGUAAGGGAAUCCAAUCUAUAUAACCUGAAAAUAAUUAAAUCAAUUAGAAUAGGAUUCAGAUGUCAAAGAAAUUAACAAAACAAAAAAGAGAAGAACAAUUAUUAUAAGCUAUACGAAAAGAUAAUUUAUUUCCAAUUGUUUAAAAGUCCAAUAUUUUUUCCAAUUGA